UUUGCAAGUUCAUAUAACAAAAAAAAGUUAGAGUUCAAUGGAACCCUGACCAGACUACAUAGACCGGAAGUCCUGCGACCAAACUUACCAUUCAUCAAUUGCAAUUGUAAAGUCAUGAAGCUUCAUGAGCUCGUGCUGUAAGUGAGGUUCAGUCUACUGCUAGGGAACAAUACCCCGCAAGGUUUUUCGAUCAAGUCUAGCAGUUGCGAAGCGUUACAGCAAUGGCCGUGUCUGGAGGUCGCACCUUAAUACCGAUUACGGCGUUGAUCGCCUCGGUGCUGUGUGCUGUGUUGCUCCUGCAGCAGGUAGAAUCAGCUUACCAGCGGCCGAAGGAGGUGCAGACCGAAAGACCAGUGAUCGGAAUCGUGACCAUUCCGGAGGCUGGUUGCUUGCAUUUCGGCGACCAGGUGGUCGUCAGUUCGAACGCGCGCUGGUUGCAAGCUGGUGGCACCCGUGUGGUGCCGAUCUUCUAUGAUUCCACUCCCGAGGAGCUCGACUACAUACUCAACCGCGUGAACGGGGUGUUCUGGUCCGGCGGCCCAGUCUUCUUCAACCCACACACCGAAUCACACUCCGGCUCCCUGUAUUUGCGCACCACGGAGUACAUCUUGAAGCAUGUGAUGAGAGAGAAUAGGAGAGGAAAUUACUUUCCGCUAUGGGGGACGUGUCUGGGAUUCGAGCGCAUGGUGCAGCUGGUAGCAGAGGAUGCUGAGGCGUCCAUUGUAAAGCCAGUCGACGCUGAGAAUUAUGCCAUCAACUUAGGAUUCACGGAUGUGGCUUUUGAGAGUCGGUUGUUCCGGAGCAUGAACGCGGAGCUUUUCAAGGAGGUGGCGUCGCCAGCGACGAGGUUAGCAUUUAACAACCACGGCUUAGGCAUUCACCCAGACUACUUCCACAACAUCACCAAUCUUAGUCGACACUUUUCAGUGUUGUCGGUAGAUCUGGACCGCCACGGCAAGCCCUUCGUGUCCACAGUAGAGGGCAAGAGAUACCCCUUGUAUGGUUCACAGUGGCACCCCGAGAAGCCCCCCUGGGAAUGGAGCCCUGACUGGGUUCUUUCCCACACGAACAUGGCCAUCCAACUUUCAAAUUACUUCGGUCGCUUCUUUGUUGAGGAAUGCAGAUACAACAAGAACAAGUUCGAGAGCCCCGAACUCGAGGAUAAGCUUUUGUUGCAUAACUGGAAUACGAUUCCCGCUUCUGCCAUCCUCAGCAUUGAUCCCACCGUCUUUAUACCUUUCAUGGAAUACUAUUGCAUUGACCGGAGCAAGGUGCCGAGCUAUGACUUCAUCACUAAGAGAUCGAAGCAGGUGUCAUCGGCGUAAGUGUUUUGUUAAAACGACAACUUAGAAGAUGGUUCUACAUAAACUUUGUUAAAACUUGGGCAGAGAGUGCUGUAAAAUGUUACCAAAAUUUGGAAGGGAUGUGAUGGAACUCAUAACAGCAUGCGCUGAAGGAUAGUAGACUGGGCAUCAUAUGUAAGUAUUGCAUAGAAUAACAACUAUGACAUUCUUGGUAAUAAAUCGUGCACAAUACCGUGUUCACUAAGUUUUGCCCCAUCAAA